AGAGGAGUCUGUUUCACUACUUAGGUGGUGUCAUUGACUGGGAGGAGAAGCAGGUGGAAACAGUGUGACACUCGAGUGGAAGAUUGACCAGCAGAGAUGGGGGAGUCCACUGCCUCACCUGUUUUCAAAGCCAUCCUAAUCUUUGGCAAAAUAGUUAUUAUGCUCGCCUCCAUCGCCCUGUUUGCCGAGACCAUCUGGGUGGUGACCGAUCAGUUCCGGGUCUACCCCAUCCUGGGAGCCUCCGGUAAAGAUGAUGUCUUCGCCGGUGCUUGGAUUGCCAUCUUUACUGGCUUUGCCUUUUUCUGCCUGGCCAUCUUCGGGAUCUUGGCUGUCCUGAGCGAGAGCCGGACGAUGGUGAUCACGUACCUGGUGUUAAUGGUCAUUGUCUACAUCUUUGAAUCUGCGUCCUGUAUCACUGCCAUCACACACCGAGAUUAUCUCACUUCAAAUCCUAACUUUGUGAUGAAGCAGAUGUUGCAGUUUUAUGGUGACUCAUCCUCGAACUCAGGCCGUGAUCUCACCGCCAUGUGGAACCACGUCAUGCCCCAGGAGCAAUGCUGCGGUUCGACUGGACCCGGGGACUGGAUCAAGUACACUUCCUCCUUCCGAGAGAGUUUCAAUGAGACUGUUGCACCCUGGCCAUUUCAGUGCUGUAAGAGGAAUGCCAACUCGGAAAUCAUCAGCCAAGAGGGAUGUGUUGUUGGUCACCAGGACUUCUUGUAUCACAAGGGUUGUUUUGAUUACUUCAGCACUGCAAUCAACAGCUAUGCUUGGGGUGUGGCGUGGUAUGGCUUUGCCAUUCUCAUGUGGACGUUUGUGGUCCUGCUCCUGACUAUGUAUUAUCUCACCACCCUGUAAAACAUCACCCACCCAGAGGCGUGCUGACCAGUUGAGAUGUGUACACACGAGGCCGGAGAUCUGGACUCCUGCAUAUUUAAUGCUAAGAAAUGAUUGUUUUGUCUGGUUUGUGC